AUGCGGGACGCAAACAAUGCCAGGGAAGUGAAGCAGGAAAAGUUCUUCCAACACAGUUCACGUCGUGUCCAGAAUGGGGUCCUGACUGUAACUAUUACAUACAAUGGUGAGACAGAGUUGGUUCAUCUCUCGGAUGGCUCGAUGCUCUUCGCAUACUUUUUAAUACAAAUGAUCCAUGACGGCGCAUCACCAGUAAGUCCAGAGGAACUUCGUCGACAAUUCCCACAUGAACCGCCGCCUCAAGCCAAGAUAAAAUACGCCUUACGACACGGUGUCAAGCACAUGCUGGAAGCAUUAGAGACAGAAAGCGCUCAAAUGGAAGAAUUAGUUCAAGGGUACGUGACAGAUCUCGAACUCGUUUAUGCCAAGCUACGUACAGAGGACACUGAUGUGCUUAAGGAUCUUGUUCUUGUGCAAGAACAUCCUAACUCAAGGGAAUUAAGCGAAGAAAUCCACAAUACGAUUGAAAGCCUUUUACUACAAUUCAAGAGAAACCCUAAGUUGCUUCGAGAUACUCCUGGGAUGAUUUUCCAAAACUUACUCAAUGAAGGAGGAUCAGCGCUUUAUCAACAGGUGUCUGAUACUCUUUUGAGUUCCCAUCCAGAAAUACCAUAUAUGGAGCUGUUGGACAAAAAUGGUCAUCAAGGCCCUGUUGUUGGUCGUUUUUUCUGCUCUGACAAAGUGGUUUGCUUUGAUGUUUCCCCAGAAAAAAAACUCUUGGUAAGCGAAUGUCGUGAUGGACAGACGUCGUUAUGGUCACUUGAGACUGGAAAGCGGCUAUGGGAAAAAGCUUUAUUAAAAUCGAUUAAGUCGUACAAUGAAGUUCCUAUUGGAAGUGCUUUUCGACAGACGUGCGAAGACAAUGAGACUGGGAAAAGGACUUUGUCGUUUUACCUUUCCACUGUCUUCCAUCCAGACGGUUGUUCCAUUUUGCCAGGAAACUUGGCCAAAGUUUACAGCUUAGAUGGAGAACCGAAGUCACUCUUUCCAGGGAGCAAAUGUCAUUUCAAUGUUUGCUAUUUCUCACGUAACAAAACUAGGAUGUUAACUGAUUGUCCAGAAGACGCCCAUCAAGUGGUCAUGUGGAACACCAAGAAUGGUGAGGAGAUCAAACGCUUCGAGAGCGAAGAAACCAUAGCUUCUUUUGCUAUUUCUCAAGAUGGAAGUCGUGUUGCGAUCUGCAAUACAAGUGGCUUACUCUGGUUACAAGCUGUUGAAGAUUCCAGCUGGAAGAAAGCACCUCCAAACAUUUUUGGUGAAGGUAACCCCUGUGGACUGUUACAUUUUACAGAAGCGGGAGUUCUUGUCGGUGGUAGUAUCCAACAUGAGCUGUCUGAUCACCGAGAUAAGUACAAACUUUCGGUGCCAGCGCUUCAGUCACAAUCAUCUUGUGUCCUGUGGCCGUGGGAAUCGGUUAAUUACUUGACGAUGCUUGAUAUUACUCGUCCCCUACAAGACGAAGAGAUGCCACGGACAGCACAAACUGCGUUUUCUGCAGACAACGGUAGCACGCGCUUGUACACAACUAUCGCCAUUUGCAACCAUUCGGCAGAAAUGGAAACGGAUGAGUCACGCUUGGUGACAUUUACUAUGCGGGACGCAAACAAUGCCAGGGAAGUGAAGCAGGAAAAACUGAAGGAAGAAUUGAAGGAUAACUAUGGCAAUUUUUUGACUGAUUUUCUGAGUGCUUUGACUGUUUCUGAAGAACCUUUGCACAAAGAGUUCAUCGUGGACAUACUGCUGCAAAACCGUAACACUUCAGAAAGUGAUCCCUUGAGCGAUCAGCGAAAACUUAAGGGUGUUAUUGACUGUAUAUCUUCUCUUUUCAUUCUUCGAGAGGACCAUGUUCACAUGUUCCACAAAUCCAUCAAGGAUUGGUUGACAGACCCGUCCAAUGGUUUUUUCUUCGUAGAGGAGAAGAGAGGUCAUAAGAUUCUGUUUAAGUUGUGCGCUAAAGCACUUGAAAUUUUGAAGGGACGUGGUGGACCGUCGACUCAAGCAAAGAAGAAAUACGCCUUGCGACACGGUGUCAAGCACAUGCUGGAAGCAUGUGAGACUGAAAGCGCUCAAAUGGAAGAAUUAGUUCAAGGGUACGUGACAGAUCUCGAACUCGUUUAUGCCAAGCUACGUACAGAGGACACGGAUGUGCUUAAGGAUCUUGUUCUUGUGCAAGAACAUCGGAAUUCAAGGGAAUUAAGCGAAGAAAUCCACAAUACAAUUGAAAGCCUUUUACUACAAUUCAAGAAAAACCCUAAGCUGCUUCGAGAUAAUCCUGGGAUGAUUUUCCAAAACUUACUCAAUGAAGGAGAAUCAGCACUUUAUCAACAGGUGUCUGAUACUCUUUUGAGGUCUCAUCCAGAAAUACCAUAUAUGGAGCUGCUAGACAAAAAUGGUCAUCAAGGCCCUGUUGUUGGUCGAUUUUUUUGCUCUGACAAAGUGGUUUGCUUUGAUGUUUCCCCAGACGAAAAACUCUUGGUAAGCGAAUGUCGUGAUGGAACGACGUCGUUAUGGUCGCUUGAGACUGGAAAGCGGCUGUGGGAGAAAGCUUUAUUAAAAUCGAUAAAGUCGUACAAUGAAGUUCCUCUUGGAAGUGCUUUUCGACAGACGUGCGAAGAUAAUGAGACUGGGAAAAAGACGCUGUCGUUUUACCGUUCCACUGUCUUCCAUCCAGACGGAUGUUCCAUUUUGCCAGGAAACUUGGCCAAAGUUUACAGCUUAGAUGGAGAACCGAAGUCACUCUUUCCAGGAAGCAAAUGUCAUUUCAAUGUUUGCUAUUUCUCAGGUAACAAAACUAGGAUGUUAACUGAUUGUCCAGAAAACGCCCAUCAAGUGGUCAUGUGGAACACCACGAAUGGUGAGGAGAUCAAACGCUUCGAGAGCGAAGAAACCAUAGCUUCUUUUGCUAUUUCUCAAGAUGGAAAUCGUGUCGCGAUCUGCAAUACAAGUGGCUCACUCUGGUUACAAGCCGUUGAAGGUUCCAGCUGGAAGAAAGCACCUCCAAACAUUUCUGGGGAAGGUAACCCUUGUGGACUGUUACAUUUUACAGAAGUAGGAGCUCUUGUCUGUGGCAGUAUCCAACAUGAGCUGUCUGAUCACCGAGACAAGUACAAACUUUCGGUGCCAGCGCUUCAGUCACAAUCACCUUGUGUCUUUCUGUGGCCGUGGGAAUCGGAUGAUUCUGUGGAUAGAUUGAAAGCCGUUUGCAAGACAUCCCACAUCGUUUCUGCAGACUUGCAAAUUGGAUUUUGCCUCUUGUUACUAAGAGAUUUGGCAGUGGUCGGGAGUCCAACGGUUAAUUACUUAACGAUGCUUGAUAUUACUCGUCCCCUAAAAGACGAAGAGAUGCCACGGACAGCACAAGCUGCGUUUUCUACUGUCAACGAUAGCACGCGCUUGUACACAACUAUCGCCAUUUGCAACCAAGGAAUGAAAACAGAUGAGUCACGCUCGGUGACAUUUACUAUGCGGGAUGCAAACAAUGCAAGGGAAGUGAAGCAGGAAAAGUCCUUCCAACACAGUUCACGUCGUGUCGAGAAUGGGAUAAUGACUGUAACUGUCACAUACAAUGGUGAGAAAGGUGUUCUCUUGCAAACAGACAGCAAGACAUUAGAGGUAUGGAACGGUGACUUGUCUCAAGGUCUAAACUCUAUCACCAUGAUGGGCGAAAUCGAAAGACUAAUUCCUGUAUCGAAAGAUCUUGUUGGAUGCGUUUUAUGCACGCCUAAAUUUUCAUCCGAAGGACAACAGGAACUUAGAAUUGCCUUGUUUGAUAUCUCCGCGUGGAAAGUUGUAUUUGAAAGAAACUUGAGUGAACCUUUGCACAAAGAGUUCAUCUUGGACAUACUGCUGCAAAACCGUAACACCUCAGAAAGUGAUCCCUUGAGCGAUCAGCGAAAACUUAAGGGUGUUAUUGACUGUAUAUCUUCUCUUUUCAUUCUUCGAGAGGACCAUGUUCACAUGUUCCACAAAUCCAUCAAGGAUUGGUUGACAGACCCGUCCAAUGAUGUUUACUUCGUAGAGGAGAAGAGAGGUCAUAAGAUUCUGUCUAAGUUGUGCGCUAAAGCACUUGAAAUUUUGAAGGGACGUGGUGGACCGUCGACUCAAGCAAAGAAGAAAUACGCCUUGCGACACUGUGUCAAGCACAUGCUGGAAGCAUGUGAGACUGAAAGCGCUCAAAUGGAAGAAUUAGUUCAAGGGUACGUGACAGAUCUCGAACUAGUUUAUGCCAAGCUACGUACAGAGGACACGGAUGUGCUUAAGGAUCUUGUUCUUGUGCAAGAACAUCCGAAUUCAAGGGAAUUAAGCGAAGAAAUCCACAAUACAAUUGAAAGCCUUUUACUACAAUUCAAGAAAAACCCUAAGCUGCUUCGAGAUAAUCCUGGGAUGAUUUUCCAAAACCUACUCAAUGAAGGAGGAUCAGCACUUUAUCAACAGGUGUCUGAUACUCUUUUGAGGUCUCAUCCAGAAAUACCAUAUAUGGAGCUGUUAGACAAAAAUGGUCAUCAAGGCCCUGUUGUUGGUCGAUUUUUUUGCUCUGACAAAGUGGUUUGCUUUGAUGUUUCCCCAGACGAAAAACUCUUGGGUGUGGUGUUCUGUGCCGAAAACGACGUAAGAAAGCGCGAAAUGUUCCUCUACAGAGGUGAGGCAAAUGUUCCCAUCUGGAGAGAAGACGACAUUUACCAAGGCGGUUGCAACUGGAGGCAUCCACACUGCGUAUUUUCUCCUCAGGGAGAUGUAGUUGUCACAUGGAAUACUCUGAAUGACGGCUAUGGAUUGCACACUCUCAGUGCGAAGACUGGAAUGAGGAAGCACGUCUUUCUGGAAAACUGUUACGACAUCGCCGACUGCAGGUUUCUCAACGAUGGCGAGACUAUGGUCUGCUACAGAUACGAGUCUCACGUACGACUUUUCAGUGUUACAUCCGGAGAAGUGCUAGCUGUCUUGGACAUAGGAGAGCGCCCGACCUGUAUAGGAUGUUCUCCCAGCGAGCCUCUUAUUGCUGUUGGACUACGUUUUGGAAAUGUAAUAGUGAUUCGAGCGCAUGUGCCAAAACUACGGAGAGCCAACCACAAACAGAGAAAGGCUUGAAUGACCUGUUGAGAGUCUAAUUAGCACAGAUUCGCAAGUCAAGAGGAGCGAGUGUCUGUAGGAAGCCACGGAAAGGUGCCAGCUCAUGAAUGAAAUAAUCAUUAUGAACACUAUUUUAAAACUUCAUUAAGUGACUGUUCAUGCGAACUGACU